AUGGAGCCGCCUCGUCUGAUUUCCAUGGAAGUCUCCACGAGUGGCAGAAGCGACUGCUACUUUCGCAUCCUGGCCAACCGAAGCGUCAAGUACAUCACCAUCAAGGCCGGGGCCCUCGACGCCGAGUCGUUGGAUGAUAUGCCCCUUGAUUUCCAGAAUAUUCUCCCUCCUCUUCCCUACCAAGAAGAUACUUGGAAGUCAGCGUGUAUCACUCGCAAUCCCUCGUCCCUUCAACUGGAAGCGACCCUGUCGUCGGCCGAUUUGCCCAGUGAGAUCCAAUACAUGGAGGCCGAAACCCGCAUGUACCAGGUCCUUGAGGGCCGGGGAAUCGCUCCCAAAUUCCUCGGGCACAUCCACGAGGCAGGCAGGGCCGAUCUGGAGAUCUGCGAGGCGGCCUUGCGGCGCUUUCAUGCACUAGGGUUUGUGCAUGGAGACUGUAACAAGUACAACUUCAUCAUACGCCCGGAUGGGCAGGUUGUCCUCAUUGACUUCGACAAGGCGAAGACUUGCGCCGACCCAGCUCUGAUGGAGGCGGAGAUUGCGAGCUUGGAGGGGCAAUUGGCUGAGACGACGGGUCGUGGUGGUGGCUUAUAUUUGCACCAAUCACAGCAACACAUGUCUUACAGGAUGCAUGAUGACUAA